AUUGUUCUACUCUGGACAGCUGUAGGAGAAAAUGGCAGCACUCAUGCUAGGACAGCAGGUCCGUCAGUUCAGCUCGUCUGUGGCCAGACCUGUUGCAAAACUGAUCAAGCCCCCCAUCCAGGUGUAUGGAGUUGAGGGCCGCUAUGCCACCGCUCUCUUCUCAGCUGCCAGUAAGCAGAAGAAACUGGACCAAGUGGAGCAGGAGCUGGGAAAUGUCUCUGCCUUGAUCAAAGACCCCAAGCUUUCGAGCAUUGUAAUGAAUCCUCAUGUAAAGCGCAGCCUCAAGCUGAAGGUCUUUGGAGAUGCUCUUACAAAGGCUAAGGUUUCACCCAUCAUCAUCAACUUCAUCAACGUUCUGGCUGAAAAUGGUCGUCUUCCCUUAACUGGGAGUGUUAUCAGUGCUUUCGGAAAGAUGAUGGGCGCACACCGUGGAGAGGUCAUCUGCUCCGUUACUACUGCUCAGCCUUUAGAUGCAGCCAGUCUUUCCGAGCUGAAAUUAGCUCUCAACGGCUUUCUUCAGAAGGGUGAAUCUAUCAAACUUGAAACAAAGUCGGAUCCUUCAAUCCUGGGUGGCAUGAUCGUCAGUAUCGGAGACAAGUAUGUGGACAUGUCCACCAAAACAAAGAUUCACAAGCUGACCAAGCUCAUCAAGGAAACCUAAGUCCUGUGGACUGAUAUAUGAUUGGAAACGACCAUUGGGGGAAAUGCUGAUAAAUGUAUAUUGCUACCUGCUCUAGCACUGCAGUUGCUCCAUUGAUCCAGUGUCUGUGCUUAAGUUCAUGUGGAUGUUAAUAAAACACAUUAAUAAAAUAUAAAAAAUGG